GCGCACGACAGUUGACACCCGCGAGAAAAUUGAAACUUCCGCCCCCUCACCGUUCUGUGCAGGAGAGAGAGAAGCAGUAAUGUGACAAGAUCAUGGUAUAUUCCAAUGUUCCAUCUCACAGCAACAAAGAAGAAGAAGAAGAAGAAGGAAGGAGGAGGAGGAAAGGAGAGGGGGGUUUUUGGGUGCGGAGAGCAGAGGCAGACAACGCUGUUUUUUUGGGUUCUCUUCUGUCGUUAUUCCGUUCGAUUUGAAUAAGAUUUCUCUCUCUCUUUCUCGACUCCAGCUUUUGCUGAGUUUCUUGCCGGGCCGUACUGCACGAAGUUUCGAAAUUUGGAGUGGGUGGUCUUCUGGGUUUGCGUUUCGAUGCUCUUUUUUGGGUAAAUUUCGGUUCUUUUUCUUCUUCCCUUUCUUGGCGAUGCUUUCCCUGUGAAGACGACGAUCGGGGAGAGAGGUGCGAGGAAAGAGAGCGAUAUCUGGCAUCGUCUGUUGUAGUCGUCGAUACCUUUUCUCGCCAAGAAUGGCAGAGGACGCCAAGCCCAGGAGGCUCUAUCAGGUCUGGAAGGGAAGCAAUAGAUUUUUCUGCGGAGGGAGGUUGAUUUUUGGGCCUGAUGUUGCGUCCGUGUUGCUUUCGAUCCUCCUUAUUGCUGGCCCUGCAAUUGCUUUCUGCAUCAGAGCCCAUUCCAAAAUGGAAGAUCAUUCCUAUGCAUUGCCUGCACUGAUUGGCGGCUUUAUUCUCGCUGUUAUGGAUUUAAUUUUUCUUUUUGUCACUUCUGCUAGAGAUCCUGGGAUAGUCCCUAGAAAUUCUAAGCCUCCUGAAUCAGAUGAUACCUUUGAUGCUACUACCCCAUCAAUGGAGUGGGUUAAUGGGAGAACACCUCAUAUGAAACUACCCCGAACAAAGGAUGUGAUUGUGAAUGGUGUUCCAGUAAAAGUGAAGUACUGUGAUCCUUGCUUGCUAUUUCGUCCUCCUCGUGCUUCUCAUUGCUCAAUCUGCAACAAUUGUGUCCAGAGAUUUGACCAUCAUUGUCCAUGGGUUGGCCAGUGCAUUGGAAUACGUAAUUACCGAUUCUUCUUCAUGUUUAUAUCAACUUCAACCGUGUUGUGCAUAUAUGUGUUCGCAUUUUCUUGGAUUGACCUUCUACAACUGAAAAGAGCAAAAAAUUCUAUCUGGAAGGCUAUGUCAAAUGAUUACUUGUCAGAUUUUCUCAUUAUCUACUGCUUUGUAGCGGUCUGGUUUGUUGGUGGUUUAACAGUUUUCCACUCCUAUCUGAUUAGCACAAAUCAGACCACCUAUGAGAACUUCCGCUACCGCUACGAUAAAAAGGAGAACCCCUAUAACAAGGGGGUCAUGGGAAACCUUAGGGAAGUUUUCUUCUCUAAGAUCCCACCUUCAAUGAACAAUUUCCGUGCAUUUGUCGAGGUAGAGGAAGAAGACGCUGUGGGUGUGGUGACUCCAAACUUCGGUGAAGGUAUUAUGAGCUCAAAUGAGAAAAUAGAUAUAGAGAUGGGAAUGAAGCUUACAGAGGAUGGUGGCUUCACUCUUCCUGAAAUCUUGCGCAACUUGGAAUAUGAUGAUUCAGAUGAUGAUUUGAAGAAUUCAGAAGAAGAUGGAGGGCAUUUUGACUCGAUUUUCCCUGUAGAGCAAGACAUGAAGGAACCCACAGGAACAACUAUCCUUGGUGAUCAAGUGACUUGUUCUGGACAGAAAGCCAGAGAACCUGUGUAUAGCUCCAGUGCUUUAGAAGAUGACAAUAUUGCAACAGAAAAGAAAGAUGAUAUGAGCGGCUCCAAUCAAACUGCUGCACCAUAAAGAGCAGAGGUUAGAGAAUAUCACAUUACCACAGUUGAAUUAGUUGGUGAACUGAGAGGAAGCUGGUAAACUCAUCAGAAAUGUUAAACUGGAGGACUGAUGCUCUUGACGCUGGACAAGGAGACAAUGCCUUUAGUCAGAUACUGGCAUCUGCUAAUUAUUUGUUCAAAAGCAUGCGAAUGGCUUGUGCAUUUGGAUAUGACACGGAAUCCCAUGAGAUAAGAGAUGGUUUUGGUUCACGGAAAAAUGGUUUGUGAUUCUGAAGUAGGUUUUCAAUGUCAGAUUUCAUGUGGUUUAUACGGUUAACUAGAUUGAGUUAUCUCCUUUUGUGUCUGCUGGAGUAUUUAAACAUGAACAAUAAACUUUGUGCUCACCCAUGUACUUUCUUUCAAUAUCUCAGCAAAGUAUUCUCUGGAUUUUAGUUCAAGAA